CACCCACCCUCUCUUUCUCACUCGAGUCGGGGAUUGACUGCUGGUAUGACGAAGUGAAAAGUCCAAUAGGGCGAGGAGAUACAUCUUCGAGCACGGGCCUUGAUGGAAUAGCAUAAACAGCGUUCGAUGUUCCUUCUUUCCAUACUUUCCAUACUUGUCAUUAGUUUUCCUUGCUUUCUAUUGGUAUUUCAUCGACGUAAUAUUGGAUGUUCUUUGUAAAGACGUGAGGAAAAUAGGAACUGAACCUGUACUGGUGGCAAGCUGACGGAUCGACGCGACAGCGGUAGAUGAUAGACACCACAUCUUCGAAUACUGCCUUACAGAACGUUUGAAUCUCCCGAAGAUAAUAUCGAAGCGGUUUAUAACCAUGGAUCAUAUCUUGCAAAGACAUUUAAGGAACAUUUCUGCUUCAAUAUGGUUAGUCUUACUGACAGUCUCCUUGUCAGCGGCUCGGUUCACCUUGAGACCUAUUUCAGUGCUUUAUGUACCAUAUGAAUUUCACUCAACGACUGGGGAAGGACUCUACGGUCUCGUGAAAGGGCCUUCAGAACAGAGCAGCUAUGAUUAUAAGACUCAUUUACUAUACAUAGCAGGCGACACCUACGUCCAAAUAGCCAACAUCACCGAUGCGGCCAACCCAGCUAUCAUCCACUCCCGCCCCGUCAGAUCGUCGGUGAAUGAUAUCGAGGUUUGUGGUGACAUCGUCGGCUACCUGGAGAACGGCAUUGCCCACAAAAACGGCCAGGGAACCCUCCAUCUCCUGCACACCUACAACGUGACCAGCAGGAACUGGACUGAAUACUUGGAGAUCCCAGUUGGCAGCGUUCCAGAUAUGCUUCACUUCACAAAGGACUGCCAGACCAUCGUGGUCGUCAACGAGGGCGAAUACGGCGAGACAGAUGUUCCUGGCGAGUUCAUCGAUCCCGAGGCGAUUGUGUCCAUCAUAAAGCUCGACAGUGAUAGCAGUGAUGGGUACAGGAUCAACAACCUCAACUUCACAUCCUUCAACGAACGAGCAGCUGAAUACGAAGCCAGCGGAGUCCGAUAUCCAUUCAAAAAUUCAACAUUCUCUCAAAACCUGGAACCGGAGUACGUAGCCAUCAGUUCGGAUGACUCAACGGCAUAUAUAGCACUACAGGAAAAUAAUGCCAUCGCAGUGAUCGACAUUGCAGAGGAGAGAAUAGAGGAAAUCUACAGCCUUGGAGCCAAGUCCUGGAAAAACCUUAAUCUGGAUGCUAGUAACAGAGACGGCGGGAUUGUAUUUCGUAAUUAUGAUAUCUACAGUCUCUAUCAGCCAGAUGCUAUCAGAUACUUUGACGUCGACGGGACUGGAUAUAUAGCAACGGCCAAUGAGGGCGGUAGCGUGGAAUAUCCGACGUGGACUGAAGAAAAACGCGGGAAGUCGCUUGUAGACGAUGGACUGGUCUGGGGUGAAUCGCCGCUAAUAUCUGCUCUGAAUGAUACAUCAAAGCUAGGUCGGUUGAAAUUUACCCAAUACGAGGGCAUCAAUGCUUCGAGAUUCGGGAAAAUCGAUAAGCUACAUUUCUUCGGUGCUCGGAGUAUAUCAAUCCGCAAGGCUAGUGAUCUUUCAUUGGUGUAUGACAGUGGUGACGUCAUAGAAGUGGAAUCGGCGCGCGAGUUGACGAACGUUUUCAAUACAGACACAAAGCCGCUCUCCGCGACGCCUGAAGGCGCUGCAGAUACCCGCUCCGAUGAUUAUGGUCCAGAAUGUGAAUCCCUAGCAUUCGCUGAAGUCGAUGGCACCAGGUUGCUCUUCGUGGGAAUCGAACGGCUGUCCGCCAUUGCUAUCUUUUCAUUUCCUUCCGGGUCAGCGAUACCAGAGUUCGAUAGCUUCUAUCGAGCUGGCGGCACUAACAAAACAUACGAUCAACUCCUAGAAGAUAGGAACGUGGGUGACCUAGAUCCAGAAGAUAUAAAAUUUAUUUCUAAUGAGAAGAGCCCAACCGGGAAGGAUUUUCUCAUCGUUACAAAUAACAUUGCAGGAACUAUUGCCUUCUAUGAUGUCAUCAAGAACUCGGCACUUAGAACCGAAGCUGGCUUUUUCAUCGUUUCCAUGGCUUUUGUUGUAUCAAGGAUAUCAUCAGUUUUAUCAAUGUCAUAGACUUACCUUUUCAUUCGAUCUUCCAUUAUCGCCGACAAAGCCUAUUCACCUACGCGGUUGAAACUCCUUGAAUAACCUAGUGUAAACCAACAAUUUCAUUCGAUACUAGUACAGUCAUGAACAAGACGGCAAUUGAUUUGAAAUGGUAAAGUGAAAUGUAUUGUUAUACUCUAUUUAUAUCAUUCUGUGUUUGUUUAUCAAAGCUGACUGCAAUCCUUUUUAAACAUGUAACUUGGGGGGCAAGGUAGAAUCGAUUGUAUAAUUACUGCAUUUCAAUAAUCUGUAAGCAGCUUGUAAAGCUUCGUACAAUUUUGUCUCGCCUGCAUAAUAUAGCGAGACUAUAAGCGCCGCUAUUUCGACGGAGGCGGAGUCGUCAACAUUGAAGUCUUAACCAAGGUUAAGUUUUGGAAAUGUCGUCAUAACCUAGAAAAUUUAUUGGUCUAGUUUAUGAAACAUAGGAGUAACCAUUUAUCGCUCAAUAUCCCGUGCGCAUUUCAGGCCUCAUGAUUAAGAUCAAAGGUCAUUUAAGGUCAAUGAACUUUGGCCGUGUUGGGGGUAUUUGUUGAAUUGGCAUCAUAACUAAGAAAGUUUGGGGAUCUAAUUUAUUAAACAUAAACAUGAAGGUAAUAAAGUGUUAAUGAUUCUUUACAUGUCAUAUGAUCAUGGUCAAAGUUCAUUUUAGGUCAAUGGUAAAAGAGACGUUGUUUUACACACGAUUUUACCAUGGAGGUAACGAAACGUUGGCAUGUUCUUUGGUGGAAGGGUGCUCUUAUACACCAUAUGAUUUAUGUUAGUUCAUGAUUUAAGAAUGCAUAUUUGUUUGGGUAAUAGAUUCGAUAUUAAAAGAAUAAUAUUUUGCAUGCGAGUUUGCGAGGUAUCUUGUAUUGCUUAAGUAUGUCAUUAAAGAAAAUUAUUUCUACACGAAUACACGAUCGGGGUGGACGGGGACUUUUGUAUCCUUUAUGAUAUCUAGCGUGCAUAUGCAAAUGAUCGUGAUACGACUCUAUCAUGUUAAAACUCUUUGAAGCCUGAAAUCCAAUCUAGAAGUCAAUUAAGCUUAGCACGUAUAGAUUAUGAUUUUUAAACAUUUUUUUUAGGAUAAAAGUUUAUAAAGUUCACGUGAGAAAUACCACCUUUAUGCUACUGCCUGUGCUCAUCAUAUCUAUGCAAAUGUCAUUGAAAUUAAUUUGCUUUUAAGGUACAAAUCCAUGGUAUCGGGGGGGGGGGGGGGGAUUUC